ACGCAACCGCAGCAAACACGAUUUUAGCCGGUCGGCACCGCUGACUCGUGUGCAAUAAGUCUUCAAUCAACUUUUCCCCGAUUCACUAACCGAAAUUCCCUCCAGUUCCUUUCUUUCAGUGCCACCAAAAAGACUGGGGUUCUCCGUUCGAAAAUCAGAUUCAUGAGAUUAACGUGUAGAUGUAUAGCAACAGCAAUUGAAUUAAAUUUGUUGGUGUUUCACCGGAUUACGUUUGUGAGCGUAUUUUACAGGUUUCCACUGACAAGAGCUUGUGUGCAGCUCACAAGAUUCACGUGUCACGUGAACCGCGUGAACCGACAUUAGAAAUUUGUCGAGGACAAUAAUCAACAAGGUGUAUAGAUUCAACUGGUGGUCAGCCGUGGGAAAAGAAACGCUCCGUGAGCCGAAUAAUAGCACAUUCAAGGCUUACAUUUAUAAUAACAACGCAGCUUUCUUCAUCACAGCUAGAUCGAACAAGCUGUUUACGCUAUACUUUCUAUUGGCAGCCCCAACCCGAAUCCUGAACGAUCGGCGAUUAUCAAGAACAAAACAAGGAUUUUCGGGACGGCCCCUAUAACUAUACUACCGUAUUCUGUCUGGAUUUUGAUUAGUCUAUAAAAAUGGCAACUGAAGAUGAGACAACACUGGUUACCGCUGUCUGCCUUCCCAUGACGGCUCUCUUGCACCGUUACAAACAGAUCAAAUACGAACACCUUGUGGCCGGCAUAGCCGGCGGAGUGGUUUCCACAUCAAUCCUCCAUCCGCUGGACACUAUAAGAACCAGAUUGGCAGUAAGCGGCAGUCAGCUGAUCUGUGCCAAUGUCCGGCGACCUCAUUACGGCGGCCUUGUCGACGUCCUGACGAGCAUGACGAGAACUGACGGCCUACACGGUUUGUACAGAGGCGUAUCGCUGGGCAUACUGACCGCCGGAUGCACUUGGGGAUCCUACUUUUUCUUUUACGACGCACUCAAAGCAGAGCUGCAGCGAGGUGAUCCCACUAUACCCUUGGGUCCAGCCCAGCAUAUGAUGGCGGCCGCCGAAGCCGGAGUAGUCACGCUAGUCUUGACAAAUCCCAUCUGGGUGAUCAAGACUCGACUGUGUCUUCAAUGCGGCGACGGUUCCCAUUACCUUUCGGAGCAGAAACGUUACAAGGGAAUAAUGGAUGCGCUGGUCAAGACUUACCGCUACGAAGGGCUUAGAGGUUUGUACCGAGGAUUCCUUCCGGGUUUCUUGGGUGUUUCGCACAGUGCCAUCCAGUUUAUGGUCUACGAGGAGAUGAAGAGCAGUUACAACAACCACCGCAACAUGUCCAUUGACACAAGAAUGAGUACGAUGACGUAUUUAGCCUUCGCCGCCAUAUCCAAGCUGGUUGCGGUCACAGCCACUUAUCCUUACCAACUGAUGCGGACCCGGAUGCAAGACCAGUAUCACGAAUACAAAGGCGCCAUGGACGUUCUCACUCGGACGUGGAGACAUGAAGGUGUUCGGGGAUUCUACAAAGGAAUGCUGCCAACCUUGCUUAGGGUUACGCCAGCAACAGCCAUCACUUUUGUCGUCUAUGAGAACGUGUCUCACAGACUAAUUCAAAUUUCGGCGGCAUCAUCAAGCAACUCUAACUUGAAAAUUGGCGAUGACGACACUUUAAGUUCUGCCCCUCUUACUCCAGCUGUGCUUUAAAUAGUAUUCCUUAUAAUGCGAUUGCAGCAGACAGCGCACCAAAUUCUCUUAUUUUUUUUUAUUAUAGAAUAUUUCUCUUUGAAUGUGGUACUGGGAUGUGUUACGAUCAUUAUGAUUUCAUAAUGAAGAUUAUGAAUUAAAACCAGUCAGAAUGCCAGAUAAUGGGGUUGGAUUGAUUAAUAAAGUGUAUAUUUUUAAUUCGAAAAUAAUGUAUAGCGCCACCUAGACGAAACAUGGCAUGAAUGGCAAUUUUCCAAUCUCUUGUGUAAUACAAAUGUCAAUUUAAAUUCGCAUAUUUAUGAAAGGGAACAUGGGGAAAGUUAUCCGACUAGCAAAUGUAG